GUUUUUUUUCAGAAAAUAGGAUAAUAUAUAUAUAUAUUGUUUAUAUUAAAUAGUUCGUAAAUAACAUGGGACAGCUUCAUAACAGUACUAUGACAACUCGCGUAAUGUUUGAUGAAAAAGGUGAUAACGGAUUAGUUCUUAGCGGGAAAUACUUGCCAGAGGAAUUAUUAGCAGAGAUUCUCUGCCUGGUUGAUUAUAAGUCAUUAUUAAACUGUCAACUAGUGUGUAAACGAUGGAAAAUUUUAAUUCAAACAUACAUUUGGCGUAAAAAGGCAGAAAUUUCUCUCAGACGCUCACUACUUUUCGACAAGGAAGUGUCCUGGGAUGUUUAUUACCUUAUAUGUAAAAAAAAACCUUUCGAAAGGAAUUUGGUGAAGAACCAUUCUGGAAAGUAUGGAAAAAAUAGGCAUUGGAAAAUCGUUACUGAAGGAGGUGAUAAUUGGAAGGUAGAACAUCCUCCACAAGGAGUUCCACCACUGCCACAUGAGCCCGAUGAGGCUCUCUUUGAACAAUUCUGUUUUGUCACUUCUUAUCACAGAUGUACUAAAGUACAAAUAAUAGAUUUGGAAAGUGAAGGAUUAACGCCGUAUGUUCUAGACAAUUUACAGCCACCAAUAGUGGUGAGUGAAUGGUACAGUUGUCGUUGGGAUUGUCCAGCUGUUUAUGAAUGUACAAUUAAGUUAUUAGGUGAAAAUAACAGAACCAUUGAUUUCUUUGAUUUUCGUGACGAUAUCGAAGGGGAAAAGCAAAAUCAAUGGCAUUGCAUGUCGCAUCAGUUUGAAAAUUAUGGGCCGGGACUUAGGCAGAUUUCUUUUUACCAUGGCGGUAUUGAUAAGUUGUUUUGGGCAGGACACUAUGGCAGUAAAAUGGCAGGUGCUUGUGUACGUGUAAAAAUACCUACUGUACAAUUUUCUGACACUGAAGAAGAUCUUAUAGCACCUGAUACAGAUGAAUAAUAUAUUUCCUACAAAGGUUCUACUGGUUUUGAAGACACAAGUAUCCCUUCAACCAUGUCCAAGUGUACAUAAUAAUACAAGUAAUUCUUUUCGCCCAUUGUUAACGUUUUUGGUACUAAAUAUUCAGCUUGAUUUAGUAAAUUCUCUCUUAUGUUA